GAUUGAAUUAAACAAAGCGAAAAAUAUGCCCAUAUUGUCAAAAGCGAGGGACAGAAAAUAACAGACCGCACCCUCAGACUACCAACUUGUUUGCGUCGGCGUCCGAAAACCGAGACGGUUGUCGUGACACGGAAAAGAGCGAAGGGUUUUCACUGAUCCUGUGUCGUGACUGGCGAGAGAGGAGCAGGGGAGCGGAGGGAGUUCAAGAAAAUAACAAUAAAAAAAAAACGAACGCGGUCGGGAGAAUAUUUGCUUCUCAUAAUAUCAGUCUGCGAUCCCACUGGACGAGCCAGGCGCCGCUGUGAACCAGUCACUCAUCCAGGAGCUGCCAGUGCCCACUGCUACCAGCACCGCCCGCUGAGGGAAGGACAGCCGCCAUGGGGAAUAUUUUCGGGAACCUGCUGAAGAGCCUGAUUGGGAAGAAGGAGAUGCGAAUCCUGAUGGUGGGGCUGGACGCGGCCGGCAAGACGACCAUCCUGUACAAGCUGAAGCUCGGCGAGAUCGUCACCACCAUCCCCACCAUUGGGUUCAACGUGGAGACUGUGGAAUACAAGAACAUCAGCUUCACGGUUUGGGACGUCGGCGGGCAGGACAAGAUCAGACCCCUCUGGAGACAUUACUUCCAGAACACGCAAGGGCUGAUCUUCGUGGUGGACAGCAAUGACCGGGAGCGGGUGAACGAGGCGAGGGAGGAGCUGAUGAGGAUGCUGGCAGAGGAUGAGCUGAGGGACGCUGUUCUCCUGGUCUUUGCAAACAAGCAGGACCUGCCCAACGCGAUGAACGCGGCGGAGAUCACCGACAAGCUGGGCUUGCACUCGCUCCGCCACCGGAACUGGUACAUCCAGGCCACCUGCGCCACCAGCGGCGACGGGCUGUACGAGGGGCUGGACUGGCUGGCCAACCAGCUCAAGAACAAGAAAUGAGAGGGCGUUGUCUGGUGUGGGGGGGAGGUUGAGGGGGUUUGGAAGCAUCACCGCUUCAGACCCCAUCACCCCUGCCCCCGACUCCUGCCCCUCCGCCUCUCCCUCCUCGCGCUCGGCUGUCGGUAUCUGUACUCAGCCCCCCUUCUGCAGCACGGUUCUCAUCUGGCCACGCAGUUGUCCCUCGGCUCCCCCUUCUCACUGAAUUCGAAUCGGUAACUUGGUGUGCGUGCUUGAUGGGUUGUGUCUCAUCCCUUCCCCCAAACCUGUAAAAACCAAGUCAGUGCUCCCGCAUCGGGGAUCCCCGAUCUCCCAUCUCUUUCCCCCCUGAGCUCCGAGGAGAUGGGGGCUCCCUGUGUUGAAGUGCUUUGAAAGAGAACACAGCCUGUGCUCUGUUUGAGUGGUGUGACUACGCAGCCUUGCAAGCCAAGCUGUGUCAAUCUGCUCUGCUUUCUGCCCACCCCGAGACAAGAAUUAGGCUUGUAUGUGAUGUCAGUGCUGCACACUGGGGAGGGGGUGAGUACAGACACUGGUCUUGAAAAGAAUCAACAGCAAGAGAAAUCCUCUCUUUCCACAGUCUGGGUGCAACAGGCCCAGCUUUCCUCCCCUCUUCACUUACAGGUCUUAUAGUUACCCAGUUAACCCAACUACCACGUUAAUUGUUACUUAUGUCACUGUUUCACAGUUUGCUUUCCUCUCCCUUGUGGUUAAUUGUGUGUGUGUUUCGGUAUUCUGGAGCUCUGCCUCUGAACGCUUUGAGUGUAGGGGACAGAGUUGUGAGCCGGCAGAAUCCAUGAAGCUGGAGCUCCCAGAUUUGUCGUUUUGUCUCUAGGCUGACCUGACUCGAGGGCAUUUCUGGGCGUGGUUAUGGAUCUCGCAGAACUGAGCUCCUUAAACUGCAAAAUACACACAGACGCCAAGGGCAAGGAGACACAAUUUCAGACGUGAAGUGUUGGCCUACCUGUGUCGGAAACGAGCUCAUUCACGCGAUCAGCUUCACGACCCCUUACAGAAAAUCACACAAGUUUAAUCGCUUCGCGAAUGACCUUGUUUCAGAUACGUGGUGCUAAUUCUUAGGUCUGCAUCUGUAAGUAAGGUUGUAUAUAUUUUGUCUUUUCGGUAGCACGCAAGUUUAAUUCAGUCAUUCCCAGCCUGUGUGGAAGAGUUGCGAAAAUUGUGCAAUUUGUCAGGAAUGCGUAGUUCCUCCUCCUGCGCUGACACCCCGUAAGAAUUCCUGCCCGCCUUGCAACAGGCCCGCAGCAGGAGACUGAGCCAUUCCGACCCCUGGAGUCACACAAAAGAGCCGAUCUCUUUUGCGGUAGUCUACAGCAUCCCGCAGCGCCUCUGAGUCACAAACUGCAGCACCUCCGUGCUGCAGAAGACCAGGACUGGGAGGGCGUUUUCUGGGAGGCCUGCUGAAGCACCGGUUCUGAGGGAACAAGUAGAUUCACCAUUUCUGUUUUCUUGUACACCCUGUGACUUAAUGGACCGUGACCACAUUCACUGCAGUUCGGCAUUGAAGACGUAUCGGAAUGGGUGACAUGCAGCCAGGGGUGUAUCCCGCCUUGUGCCUGUUGCUUGCUGGGAUAGGCUCUGGCUCCCCCGUGACCCUGGACUGGAUGAAGAGGGAUGGAUUCAUUGGAAUAGCCUCUCCCUAACGCAGGAAUUUCGGUGUAUCCAUGUCUCCCACAAUGACUGGUUCCUGUAGCCUCCCAGUAAACGAAGCUCCGGUCCUGCGUCAUGCGGCUCUGCUGCCCUGUUACGGUCUCUGUGGAUUCGGGAUCAAGCGUGCUGCAGUGUCCGUAUCGAGGCUGUCCCUGGGGCUGUGCCUGGAUUUGAACGGCACGGAUAGUCUUGUCAUAGGAAGAGGGACCAUUCUGGAUUUAAGCUCAACUAAUGUCAUAACGGGAAAAACAAAAUCCCGAUUCUCGAAUAGAGCCUUCGAGAUUUUACCUGUUUGACAGGGAAAGAGUGUCGAGUGUGUUGCUCAUGAGAUGGGGCUAGACACUCCUUAAAUCUCGCUGCAUUGUGAAAUCUGGGUGUGAGAUCGAGCCUCAGCCCUGAAGCUGAGGAGUGUUUGUCAUUGUGAUGCAAGCUUUUUUCAACACAAUGCCCACAUUAGAUUCCAUUUAAAAACAUCUUUAACUGACGGACAUACGGUUUCCGAUAGAAAAGUCUUUGCUUCAGUUGUAGUCACUGUGUGCCAAAAUGAGCUACAAAGAUGCCACACUAGAAUUAAACAAUUUCUUUGGAUUUGCUAGUAGUAUAUUCCAUGUUGAUGCUAUAUUGAAGAGCAGGUUUGGCUGUAAUUUCCGAUUUCCAUUAGGACAGGAAGCAGAGCUAUGGAGCUGGAAUCAGGCUGUUCCUGUCUCGAGUCAAGUGCUCUGCUUAGCCGACCUGUCCAAUGAAUUCUUCUCCAUUUGUUUCCUGGGAGUGCUUUUUGUUGCGGGCAGCAGUGUGAGGUGAUUCCCAAGGACGACGUUCCUUCCUCAUGUCCAGGAAAAUGCUUGGAGAGCGAUUCCCGAAUUUCCCCAGAAAGGACCUGAUGGUUACGUUGAGCAUCAGCCAUUAGGUGGGCUUUUUUCCCCCAUAUUUGAUUGUAAAUAUUUUUCACUAUGAGGCUCUACUUAGCUGAUGUACUUUUUGUUACUGUUCUUUAUUGAUUAUUGAUAAUUGAUUUGCUGCACUGGGUCUGUUGGACAGUUAUAGUCUGUAAUCUUAUGUCUCAAAGGCAGGGUAUUUUGUUUUUUUUUUUGUCAAAGAUGAAGUUGUUUAUUUUAUGAAAUAUUCCGCCCAAAAAUCAAAGAAGAUUUUUUAUUCCACUCGUUCCACUAGCUGUCCAUGGGUGUUCAUGGACUCUCUCACACCACCACAGUUGUCACAGCUCUACACGAGAUGUGGGUAGUGGGUCAGCAGCUUUUUUUGUGGCCUGAUCGGACUUCCUCUGGGUGUUUUUUUUUUAUUUGCCAACCACUGCUUGUGAUCCCCGGAUGCUGCCUGAGCUAACACAUUAGCCAGGUCUGCUGUUGCCUUCGGGAGCGCACCAGUGUCACUUGGCCACAGCCAUGCUAUUUGUCAGGUCAUAUUCCCAUAGCAUGGCACACUGAAGAAAAAGCCUGGUUUUGCGCUCCUGUACACUCUGCAGGAAUCAUGGGACAAACCAAGUGCUUGGUUGUUCCUGCUGCUCUGGAGGGAACGAGUCAGUUCUAUGAAACAUGUCAUUCUGUAGAGUUCUGCAAGGCUGAGGAAGAUAAAGUGAGCUACGGUUUCUUUAGCACACUCUCUUUGGGCUUGUCCGAUCCAGAGCCUGUUUUCAGCAGAUCGUUUAAAUGAGUGUGCCUGGUGAGAAUAGGAAUGGCAGACUUCUAAGGGGAAAAUGUAGGUGGCAUUGGUGAACCAGUAGGUGGUGCUCUUCCAUCUGGACUACAAUUUACAAAAUGUCCCUGUGUGAUUGCAAUGGAAAAGGUGCUGUCCUUUGGAAGUGAUACUUAACAAAGGUCCUGGAGAUGUGAGAUCCCAGGACACUCUUUGUAAGAGUAGGAUUGCCACCCCAUGUGAGCUGGCUGGAUUCCACUCUGGCCUACCUACCAUUUCCCCUUUAAUUUGAUCACUUCUCCCCUGAUCUGCAGUGUCGUGGGCCUGCUGUGGGUCACGAAGGGGGGUGGACUAAGUGGGACCCCUCCUGUAUGUAAAAUGCUUUAGUAUCCUUUUGGAUGGAAAGUGCUGAAUACAUCCAACAGCAAUAACAGGACUGCUCCCGAGUCUGCGCUCAUCUCUCUGUCGAUCAGGGGCGGAGGGGAUGGAAGGCCCCUCUUGCUCUGGCAUGGGAAGAGUGGAGGGAGUGCUUUCGGGACUGGGGGUUUGGGAAGGCCCUGUGCUGGACUGGCGUCCCGGCCAGGGUGAACCCUGCCUUGCACCUGUUGCUUGCAGGGAUAGGCUCUGGCUCCCUUGCAACCCUGAACUGGCAUCUCCCAGUAAAGAGGGAGAGACGAGCGCAGACUCGAUGAAUGGGUCCCGGUGCGACAACAGAGGCCAAGCCUACUGGCCAGGGCUGCACAAUGCAAUCGUGUUGCUUCUUCUCUGCAGACAUUUUGCACUGGUAACAUGAAGAGUAGCUGCAUGUACAUUAUGCACACAUGAUAAUUCCUGGGUGUACUUCCUCAUGCUUUGCGAGUAACAGCCUUGAAAAGAGAGGUGAAGAAUGGGCCUCUGGUCACAUGACACGGCUGUUCACCCGUUGCCACGGUUACUGCCACAGACAGGGAAGCGGUUACCUGUACAUAAAUCACCCAGCCGAACUGUCACCUGGAUUUGUUGGGGUCUAAAACUCGCCUGCGAUUUUACAUUGACACUUGUACUUUGAGCCAUUUAUUUGUGUGGCCUUAUAGCAAUUUUGUUGAUGGUAUCAGUGUUUUAAGAAUUUCAGCUUCUGUUUUUUUUUAAGUUGGUUUAAAUGUGAAUUAUUAAUGAAAAGGGAUGUAGUUUCAUAUUUAUCUCUCUGUUCACUUCUAGGUUUUUAUGACAUUUUUGUCCUUUUGGUCGGCUGUUUUAUUUAUUCUUUUCUUUCUUCGGCUCCUGUGUUUUUUUCCGGGAAUGUGCUUGAUUAUUUUGUAGUAGGGUUAGUGUUUCCAGUCAGUUUUUCAAUGGAUAGUGUAAUAUUAAUGCUACGUGGAGAUCUGGAAGUCACAGUUUCCCCUGUGUCGGGGUGCACUCAGUUUGUGGCUGUACGUCCUGAACGUGAUCAGAAUAAACCUGUUUUGCGUAUGAACUGUC